AUGUAUAGUUGCUUUGUUCUUGUAACUAGCACUACUCGGUUCCAUGGUUCAUCCUUUUUGCUCGUCAGCGCCAAAUCCAGGUUUCUUGUAACUGCAACUUCUGUUGAGAUUCACCGAGUCUCUUCGAGAAACCUUCUCAUCGGAGCUAGAGCUUGUCUUGCUCGUUCCGCCUCAUGCCAAACUUUGCUGUUUGGUCAACUCAACGUCGAUUCCGACUAUUCAGUGUUUGUGGUAGUAACCUAUUCAGGGAUGCAUCUGAUGAUAUCCUACGGUUCUCCUUUUGUCGAGCAAGUAUCUCUUGUUCACUUGUUAUCUCUUUUUAUGUUGUUCUGUUUCUGCAUUAUGUUCAUCAAACCGUCGAGGAUACCUCCGGUUAUUAUCUUCUUACUGUUGAGCUUAGCUCCGGAUGUAAUCGCUUAG